AUGCACGAUGACGUUAAUGGAGCUGCAGAAUGGCAAAGCAUGGAGAACAGCACGUUAAUGGGAGUGAGCAGAAUUCUGUACCAAAAUUCGGUUGUAAUUUUUGGUGGUCUAAUACAGUUUGAUACCAUGCCGAUCACUGAUAAAGUGAGUAUGCGGAAUAUGUUUCAAAUUCACCGGCAGACUCAGAUGCGACACCCACAGAUUGAGUUGUACGUUGAGUGUGAAACUGUAGAGGCAGUAGCAGUUCAAAAUGAUAUAGAUAUAGAUGAUGAUAGAGCUGCAGUGUACAAAGGAAUGAAUAGUGACAGCGAAGAGGACUUCGAAGCCACUUAUGAAGGCGGCAACGAAGAUGAGGAUGGUGAUGUAGGAGUUGAGGCAACAGCAGAGAAUGUAGUGGUUCAUCCUUGGAGCAGUCAACCGAUGUACGUUCCACCUUUUAUGCGUGAGUUGGAUCUCGACGCCAUGCAUGCCCCUGAGUUUUCGGAAUAUGCAAACAUAGAGGACGGAGAGUUCCAGAUUGGAAUGGAAUAUAGUUCUAGAAAGUCGGUUGUUGCAACAAUUAGAAGUUACACUAUAUGUAAAGGAGUUAACUAUGAUGUGUAUGAGUCUGAGCCACAGACGUUUUAUGCAAAAUGCAAGAUAUACAACGGUAGGCACACGUGCACAAUCAGAACGAUUUCACAAGAUCAUUCCAAGUUGGGCUCGGAUACAGUUGCUGAGGCUUUAAGGCCAUUGGUCCAGACGGACCUGUCCAUUAAGGUGAAAUCUAUAAUUGUGGAAGUCCAGUCAAGGUUCAACUAUACCAUCAGUUACCAAAAGGCUUGGUUGGCAAAACAGAAGUCCAUAGCCAAAGUUUUUGGUGGUUGGGAGGAUUCUUACCAAGCCUUGCCAUGGUGGCUCUCAGUCAUGGUGCAGAAGAUGCCUGGUUCAGUUGUCCAAAUAGAAAUACGACCACUGUACAACAGGAAUGAGGAGGCGCAAGGUGUAAAAAUACUUCAUCGUAUAUUUUGGAGUUUCAAUCCAUGUAUUAGGGCAUUCAGGCAUUGCAAGUCCCUGGUUCAGGUUGACGACACACACCUAUACGGAAAAUACAAAGGUACACUUCUAGUCGCUGUUGCACAAGAUGAGAACCAGAACAUUGUGCCUAUCGCCUUUGCCUUGGUGGAAGGGGAGACAGCUAAUGCGUGA